GGAAAAUUCAGGGCACCCUUCCUUAUUUUAUAUUUUUUGUUUGGCUCUCCAUUCCAUCGCUUCUACACUCCAUUCUACUCCACUUCGCUCCAUUACUCUUACCAUUCAUCGAUACUACUCAUCUACUUACCCGACUCUCAACAAAGGAAAGAUUUACGCUAAGCCGAGCAAACAGUAUGGUCAACAGACAGGAGAGUGCCCCAUUGCUUGUCAACGAGGAGCGUGGCGACUCGUUCGACGAGCAGGAGCGCGAGUUGCUCAAGCAAGAAUCCCGGAACCAAGUCCACAGAGAGCGCAGACGACUUUGCCUCUGUCUCGGUCUGGCUGUUGUAUUGGCAUCCGCUGCUGCCAUCACCACGACCUAUCUUUUCACGAAGCAUUCGCCGUCGACCCCAGGUCGUAGUCGCAAUGUGAUCAUGAUGGUGUCAGAUGGAUUUGGUCCUGCUUCUCAGACAUACGGUCGAUCUUUUUGGCAGUACAAGCACAAUUACACCGCUGGAGUCCAGACAUCUUUGGAUCAGAUCCUUGUGGGGGCAUCCAGGACCCGCAGCAGCAGCAGCUUGGUCACCGACUCUGCAGCCGGUGCUACCGCAUUCUCUUGUGCUAUGAAAUCGUAUAAUGCUGCGAUUGGAGUCGAUCCUGAGGGUACUCCGUGUGGCACAGUGCUUGAGUCAGCCAAACAUAUGGGCAUGCUGACAGGACUGGUCGUCACCAGCAGAGUGACUCAUGCCACUCCGGCGGCCUUCUCGGCCCACGUGCUCCAUCGUGACAUGGAGGCAGAUAUCGCUGUGCAGCAGAUUGGAGACUACGAGCUGGGACGCCAGGUUGAUUUGAUGUUGGGAGGCGGACGCUGCUUCUUCUUGCCCAACACGACUGAAGGGAGCUGCCGUUUAGAUGGCCGGGAUUUGAUUAAGGAGAGCAAAUCGUAUGGGUGGGAUUAUGUGGUUCAGAACCGGCGUGAGUUUGAGGACUUGAUAAAGAAAAAUGGGGGCGUGCUGCCCUUGCCUGCUAUGGGUCUCUUCCAUCCGAGCCACAUGAACUUUGAGAUUGAUCGGAGACGCAAGCCCGAGGAGGAGCCUCGCCUAAGCAAGAUGGCUGAGGUGGCUCUAAAGUCGCUCAAAGCCAAGACCAAGCCAGGACGGGGCUUUUUCUUAAUGAUCGAGGGAUCUAGGAUCGAUAUGGGCGCACACAACAACGAUCCUGUUGCUCACGUACACGAGAUUCUAGAAUACCACGAGACUAUCAGGGUGGUCAGAGAGUUUGUGGCGAACAAUACCGAUACCAUCAUGAUUUCGACGAGCGAUCAUGAGACAGGUGGCUUCACGCUGGGACUACAGGCAGAUCCGAAAGUCUACCCAGAAUACCUUUGGAAACCCGAAGUCAUUGACCGUGCACUGGUCUCCACCGAGAUCUUGACUGCGAACCUAGUUGCGUUCCAUGCCUCGGAGGCAUUGGGUAGUGGAUCGAAAGACUCUCAGGGUCGCCAUCGUCGUGUCCAGGAUUUUAUCAAGACAGAGAUUUUGGAGAAGGGUCUCGGUAUCAAAGAUCCUACAGAGGAUGAGAUUGAGUUCCUGUCGAACCCAGAUACGCUACCCAACGAUUUCGUUCGAUUCUUGGGACAUGCCAUCUCUCGUCGUGCCAGUCUUGGAUGGACCACCAUGGGUCAUACCGGAGUCGAUGUCAACUUGUAUGCAGAGAGCUCCAGUGACAACGGAAACAGGAUCUUGGACAGACUGAAAGGCAACCACGAGAAUACCGAUAUCGGAGACUUUAUGUCCUGGUACUUGGAUUUGGACCUCCCUGCCAUUACUGAACGGCUCGUCAAGUAAGUUGUCCACCACCUGCACUCUCAAUCGUUUGGCAUACCUAAGGGACAGCACUAACAAUGACACGCAACCUAUAUCCUGUUGCUGCGCAUUAUGAAUAGAUCUGCAGACAGAUGGUUCAAGCCCAAAAUGAACUUUGCUGCUGCUGGCAACACUCGCAGCAUCCACGAGGAAACAGGAAACUAACAUAUACUUCUGAUUGCUAACGACGGAAACUGCAAAUGCACCAGCCUAGACAUAUUAAUAAACUUGGUGGAGGUCACCGUUUUUUUUGCUUCAUACCGACAAAAACCACGCGUCGCAGAGGGACCUAGGAUAGUCCCGCUUUUCAGUCGUGGACGUAGCCCGAGCCGUUCCGAUUCGGUGCAUUGAUGCAGUGUAAAAAAAAAAAAAAAGGAAGACUAGCACUGAU